UGUCAGGAUGUUCUGCGGCACUGUUUGCAACAGUAAAAUGUAGUCUUCCCCUAAGGGUGUUGGUUAAUAAAAUGGGGCACAGCCGCACAAUGAAAUCUGUAGGGUAAUUACAAUGGACGCAAGGUCUACCAUGCAUUAAAGUGUAUCUUCAGACAAAAUGUGGGGAGCAGGCCUACCAUCCUGCUCACUCCCAGGAGAACCACUCUCACAGUGGCCUGUGGGAAUGAAGUCCUCAGGAGUUAUGCAGUGCGCAGCCUGAGCAACAGAGCCGUGGCCCUGGCUGAGUGAACAAAGCAAGCUGGAGAAGUACAGAAGCGUGUAAACUCACAAAAUAAUACGUUGUUCACGAAUGUGUGCACAUAAAAAUAAGAGAAGGAUCAGAAGGAAAAACAUAAACUUCAGGACAGGGCUUAUGUCUGGGGAGGCAGGGAAGUAAACAGGAUCAGGGUGGAGAACAAAGGGCGUUUAGCUGUCAGUCAUUUUGAUUUAUUUCAUGAUACGAAAAUCUGAGGCCAGUGUGGCAGAAUGAUAGCCUUUGGUAAUUUCAAGUAUGUUUUAUUAGUCUCUGUAUUUUGCUGUAUUAAUUUCUUUCAAAGAGACAGGAUAUGGAGACAAAAACAACGAGGGGAAACAUUUUGCUGCAGCACCAGAAAUUGACACAUUGUAAGUGAUUAUAAAGAAAAAAAAAAGAAUGAAUGAAUGAAGGAUUAGGCUGACUUCUUAAAUGUGCUGGAAGAGUUUCCUAAGUGUGGGAGCUGACUUAACGUACCCAGUGAACUGACUGAGGCUUACCCACCAUCCCUGCAUCGUCUCUGCUAAGCCUCCUGCCCACUGGCCCACACACUCCUGCACACACACGUGGGGACCUUCUGCUGUCUGCGCGGAGCUUCCCCGAUGCACAAAUGAACAUGGGGAGGGAUGUGAAGGGAGAGGAAAGCGGUGCCUAAUGUUCUCAGCCCUCGAGUCACUCCCCAAGGCAUGUGUGAGGAAGCUGCUUUCAAUAUGAUCAAUCAAGAAAGAAAAAAGAACACAGCUCACCAUCACCAGAACCCAGGGUUCUGAUUUUUGUAAGAAAACUGGCCUUUCCUUCGCUUCUCUAAGAAGUGGUUCAUCAUUUAUGGCAGUUUGGGGGAAUGUUUUUAGAUUGGAUUUAGCCAGCAAAUUCUGUGCAGCCCAGCCCCCUCAGUGUCGCCGUACAUGGAGAUUCCUCCUCUCCGACCCUCUGUCCUUCUUUCUCCCCUCUUGGGCGCGAGUGGAACAGGACCCGGGGCUGAGGCAGCUUGCAAGUUUUUACAGCACAGCGCUGGUUGACGUGGGCACCCUGGAGAACAAAGACAAGGAGCCAGCUUGGCCCCAGCGCAUUGCCUCUGGCUGCUCUAAACGGUCCCUACAUGUCUCCUGUUUCCAGGGACUGUCCCCGAGCAAGGCCGGCUGGCUAGAAGGGGAGGGAGACCUCCCCUCAUUUCGUGAGCAUCCUCUCCAAAAAUGUCUUCCCUUGUUUCCAGACACUGCCACAGCGAGCACUUCCACUGGCUUCCUGUGUGUGUGAAAUUGUUUCUCCCCUCCAGUCCCUGUUUAUUAAAAACCAGACACACAAAACCAAGUGUUGUCAGGCAUGCCGGAAAUGGACACUCAGACGUGCCGGUCAGAGCAUAAAUGGGUAUGGUCUCUCUAGAAAGUGGUUUGGCAAAUGUGAAUCUCAGACUUUGGGAAAGAUCAUAGUCUGUGACCCCCUCAUCCCAUGCUGCUAUUUCUGGGAAUUCAGUAUAUGUGCAUGUGUGUAUGUAUGUCAUCUGUGGCUUAGAUGUGCACACAUAUACAUGUAUUUAUCAUAUAUAACACAUAUACACAUGACCUACUGCAUAACACAUUUCAUCCAAAACUUAGUGGCUUAGAAUAAACACUGUUACCUCACGGUUUCCGUGGACUGGAGUUUGGAGUCUGCUUAGCUGGUGGUUCUGGCUCAGGGAUCCCUGAGAGGCUGAGCCAGGAUAUCAGCUGAGCUCCAUCGUCUGAAGCUGUGACUGAUGCGCUCACACGGCUCAUGGCACGUCCUGCUCGAGGGACUGCAUGACGUGGGGUCUGGCCAGCACAGGUUUAAUUAGUGAUGGGCCCAUAGCAAGGUUUGUCCCAGUAUCAUUUACAACAAGGAAAAGUUGGAAUAAUACAAAUGUCCUGUGGAAGGAAAUUAGUUAAAUACUUAAAACUGUCCGUACAACAAUACCGUAACCAUUAAAUGUUGCAGUAUCAGAAAGAAGGGUUCCUGGCCACAAAACUCAGAGGUACAAGAGUGUGUCCCUUUCUUUUUUAUGUAACAACUGACUUUCUCCCUCGAGCCCUGUUCUGUCUAGUGGGAAAGGUGAAUUCCGUCAGCCCUGGCUUCCCUGGUCUGCUCAGUGGGCUCUCUCAUUUGAGGUUUAAGCUUGCUCUCAGGAUGGCUCCUCCUUGUUUCCCCCUGUGGGCGAGGGAGGGUGGGAAGGAAGCACUGAGGUCCUGGAGGGCUCACGUGGCGUCCUGGGUCUGAGUGGGGCUGUGCGGUUUCAGUCUGCAGAAAGCACUGCUGGUCCUGGCUCAGAGCAAGUGCUCGUGACCGAGAGUUAACACAAAGCGGCGACUUGCCGUGUGCCACGUGCUGUCCCGGGCGCUCUGCAUCGUUUCACCUCCUCCUGUUUCCGCAGCCCCUGUUAUCAGGUAGACACUGUGAUUAUCUCCAUUCUGCAAAUGAGGAAACUGAGGCAUAACAGGUUAACUAUUGCCUAAGACCAUGGUCUAGUAAAGAGAGGCAGAAGUCAAAUACUAGCUUCUAUUAUUUUCUCCUUUCUUUUAAAUUUUUCUUUAAAAAAUUUAAAUUACUUAUUUUAUCAUUACAUUUAUUUUUUGCUUUUUUCAGUUGGAGGGAGGUGAUUGGGUUUGUUUGUUUGUUUGUUUGUUUAUUUAUUUAUUUAUUUAUAAUGGUGGUGCUGGGGAUUGAACCCAGGACCUCAUGCAUGCCAAGCACACACUGUACCACUGAUCUAUGACCUCCUCCAUUCUUUUUUAAUUUAACAAUUUUUUUAACUUUUAAAAUUGCAGUAUAAUUGACACAUAUUAGAUUCAAAUAUCCAACAUAAUCAUUCAUUAUUUGUAUACAUUGCAAAAUGAUCACCACAAAUCUAGUUAACAUCCGUCACCUCACACAGUUUACAAAUUUUCUUUCUUGCAACAAGAACUUUUAAGAGCUGCUCUCUUAGCAACUUUCAAAUAUGCAACAUGGUAUUAUUGAUUAUAGUCACCAGGGUGUGUGUUCCCUCCGCAGGACACAUUUCUCUGACAACUGGAAGUUUGUACCUUCGACCACUUUCUGUUUUCUCCUUUCUUUACUCUCAUUAUCAGGACUGUAAAAAAAAGGGGAGUAGGGGAAAGGAAAUCCAUGUUCACUGAAUACUUCCCAAGAGCCAAGUACUUUCAAAUGGCAUCGCAUUUUAUCCACAAAGCACAUCUGAGAAGGAUGCACGAUUGUUCUCAUUUGUGCCGGAGGAGUGCAGAGGGCUUAACUGCACAUGGGAAGCAGACCCCCCACCCCCUGCCCCAUAUUGAAGCCAGGCUAUGAUUCUUGCAUCUCAAUUCUUGCAUCUCAGGAGGAAGUGUUGGCCGGGGAGCUAGGGUUUCAGCAGCUCUGGCCGGAAGAGCUGAAUUGCUCCAUUAACAAGAUUGCACUCACUCUUGUCUGAUCCCAAACUGCUGGCGGGGUGACCCUCCUCCCCUCACCGCUCAGGCAGCUUCGUUUAACUUUUCUGCAUCCCUGACCUCAAUGUUGACACUGUUGCUCGGCCCUGACUGAGUUCCUAACUGCCUUUUUGAAAUGACUUCCGGAUCAGGGUCUGACAAGUUUGACGUCACAGGGCCUGCAGCGCUGCCAUCCUGCUGAGAACCCAGCCCUGAAACUGGUCCCCAGGGGGGCCUGCAGGGCCCAGGGGGCCAGCGUCCUCUGCAGUCCUCGGCCUCGACUCUUCUCUGGAUUUGUACCUAUCCUCUCCUUUUCUGCUUCUUUGGAAAAGGGUCCCAACUCACUUCUAAAGCACAUCCCUACCUUUUUUAUUUUUAUGAUUUUGCUUCGAUCUUAAAAUUCCCCCAGACCGUUUUCCCCUCCUGUCACCUUACACGUGUGCAUAAAUCGUCUCUGGUUCUGACAGACUCCAGCCCACAUCCUUGUCCCCACCAAACUACGGUGUCUCCUUCACACCAAGUCACAUCGUAAAGGAGAACCUUGAUUCAGUCCUGCCCUGACUGACCUCUUCCUCACUCUCCCCACGUCCCCCAGGGCACCUGCGGUGUCACCCUCCCCCCCCCCCGACCCUCCUCUGGCUCUGGGUCCGAGCCCCACGGUCCUUCCGGCUCUUCUCCUGUGCCACAGACGUCUGAGCCACUUAGAUGCAGGUGCUUCCUGCAAAUCAUGGCCCCACUCACGGACACCCCCUUCCUUGUGAUCCCAUCCAGUUCCCAGUCCCCAUGAAGUCCCAUGUUUUCAACUCUUGCCUCUGGGUGUUCGACUUCCAUGUGGAGGUCUGGCCUGACAUCUCUCCAGAGACCAGACCCUGGUUCCCAGCUGCUGGGUGGUUGUCCUGCCUCGGGUAUGAUGAGAGAACACGGUUUCUUUCCGGGGGCAAUCGACCUCCCGGUUCGUGCCCUUUCUCGAUGGUGUCUGGGUGCACAGGCCGUGUGGACUCGCUGUGUGUGGGCCCUCUGCCUCUUGCUGUUCCCCCGGGGAACGGGCUGGGCUGGUCCGGUCCCUGAACUGGGCACUGGCUGAGGCCGGCGAAUCCCGCCUAGGGCCGGGGCCUGUGCUGCCCCCCUCUGGCCCAGCCUGUACCCGUCAGGUCCAAGCCUGCGGUCGCAGCCCCCCUACCCUGGGCUUCUUUGUUCUUGCUGAGCUUCUGUAGCUCUCUGGUCUCAGAAGACUCACAGCCCUGCUCCAGGGUGUGAGCACUUCCCCAGCCCUGGCCCAAGAACCUGGCCACACCCUGUGCCGGAGGCCCCUGCCGCCACAUGGAUGCGGAGUCCCCGUGGAUGCGGGUGCUUCCUGGUCUUCUAGAUGGAGCAGAGGCAAACCUCCUCUGCGUCCAGCCUGUCCCUGAGCGCGUCCAGCCUGCGUCCAUGCCGAGGUUCAGCCUGGAGAGGGGAGGCCAGCACACAGGUACCUGUUCUCUGGGCUCCCCGUCUACAUGGGAGAUGUUUUCACGUCUUUUUCUUCUCAGGGAAUUCCUCUGUGUCGUAACCUCCCUUUCAAAUGUCCAAACAGGACUCUGAUGAGUGGACAGGACUUUGCGGGGGGGGGUCACACGGGUAAGAGGAGGCACUUAGUAGAUGGUUCUGGUGGUUGGAAAGAGUAAGCUGGAGCCUGGGAGUCCCAGAGGGAGGGAGGGAAAGGUGGCCUCAGGUACCUGCCCGGUCGGGGUUGUGUGGCAGCGCAGCACCGCAGAGCUGGGGGUUCUGAGGGUGGGCUUGGAGCCCGCCCACGUGCGAGCUUUGUGACCCUGAGGGUUACAUGCCUUCCCUAAGGCUGUUCCUCACUUGUGGGGCGGGGAUCACAAUGGGGCUUACCUCAGGGGUUUGUUGUGUUGUGGGAAUGAUGCCUGUGAAUGCAUUUUAGGCACUGGGCAGGGCCUGGCCCGCAGUGCAGCCCGAACCCAGGCUGUCAUGAGACUCCCAGGCAGUGCCCUGUGAGCGUGGACAGGGAAGGCCGCUGUGAGCUCCACCUGGACACAGGUCGUUACCGUAUGAUGUUCGGCUGGGAAAGCUUGGAGGGGACGGCCUUGCCUGCACUAUGAGGUGUCUGUGAAACAGGAGUAGGAACAGACAAGGAGCCGGAAAUGGAGAGUGACACAGCUGGAGCCCCGGGAGAGCUGGGAACAGAGCUGCACAGACCAGCAGAGACGGAUGACGGAAGCCCAUUAUUACAGGUUCUGUCCAGCCAUGUGACUCUCCUGGUCCCAGCACACACCCCGGCGGCCUUUGUCCAUGAAGUUGGCAACAUUCAACACAUACCUGCAGAGGGGUCUGAAGCCCCAUGGGCCAUGGACACGCUCCCGCCUGAGCAAGCCGGUGACACCCCCAGUUCCCCAACCCAAGCCACCCUGCCCACACAGAGUGACAUACUUACCUCCUCAGCAAAAAACAUCUCGCCUGAACAGGCUGACAGCCCCAAUCCCCCAGAAAAAAACAUCCCACCAAAAGAAGGUGACAUUCUCAAUUCCCCAGAAAAAAACGUCCUACCAGAAGAGGCUGACAUCCCCAGCCCCCCAUCCAAAACCAUCCUGCCCAAGCAGGCUGACAUCCUCAGUUCUUCGGAAAGAACCAUCUCACCCAAGCGGGACAGUAGCCCCAAUUUCCCAGCAAAAUUCAUUUUGCCCAAGCAGGGCGACACUUCAAAGUUCUCAGAAGAAACCACCCCCCUUAACCAGGCUGCCCCCACCAAUUCUCCAGUCCAAACCAUCCCACCCAAGCAGGCUGACAGCCCCAAUUUCUCAGCCCAAAUCAUCCCACCCAAGCAGAUGGACACCCCCAAUUUCUCAGCCCAAAUCAUCCCACCCAAGCAGAUUAACACCCCCAAUUUCCCAUCCAAAAUCAUCCUAUCCAAGCAGGCUGAUACCCCCAAAUCCCCAGAAAAAACCAUCUCACCAGAAGAGGGUGAGAUUCUCAAUUCCCCAGCCAAGAUCAUCCCACCCAAGCAGACUGACACCCCCAAUUUCUCAGCCCAAAUCAUCCUACCCAAGCAGGCUGACACCCUCAAUUUCUCAGCCCAAAUCAUCCCACCCAAGCAGAUUAACACCCUCAAUUUCCCAUCCAAAAUCAUCCCAUCCAAGCAGGCUGACACCCCCAAUUUCUCAGCCCAAAUCAUCCCACCCAAGCAGAUUGACACCCCCAAUUUCCCAUCCAAAAUCAUCCCAUCCAAGCAGGCUGACACCCCCAAUUUCUCAGCCCAAAUCAUCCCACCCAAGCAGGCUGACACCCCCAGUUUCUCAGCCCAAAUCAUCCCACCCAAGCAGGCUGACACCCCCAAUUUCUCAGCCCAAAUCAUCCCACCCAAGCAGAUGGACACCCCCAAUUUCUCAGCCCAAAUCAUCCCACCCAAGCAGAUUGACACCCCCAAUUUCCCAUCCAAAAUCAUCACACCCAAGCAGGCUGACACCCCUAAUUUCCCAUCCAAAAUCAUCCCAUCCAAGCAGGCUGACACCCCCAAUUUCUCAGCCCAAAUCAUCCCACCCAAGCAGGCGGACACCCCCAAAUUCACAGCCCAAAUCAUCCCACCCAAGCAGGCGGACACCCCCAAAUUCACAGCCCAAAUCAUCCCACCCAAGCAGGCAGACACCCCCAAAUUCACAGCCCAAAUCAUCCCACCCAAGCAGGCAGACACCCCCAGUUUCACAGCCCAAAUCAUCCCACCGAAGCAGGCGGACACCCCCAAACUCACAGCCAAAAUCAUCCCAUCCAAGCAGGCUGACACCCCCAAUUCCCCAGCCAAAACCAUUUCACCAAAGCAGAGUAACACUCUCAACUUCCCACUCAAAACCAUCCUGCCCAAGCAGGCUGACACCCACAAUUCCUCCGAAAAAACCAUCUCGCCCAGGCAGGGCAAUAGCCCCAAUUUCCCAGCAAAAUUCAUUCUGCCCAAGCAGGGCAGCACCCCAAAGCUCUCAGCCAAAACCAUCUCGCCCAAGCAGGGCAACAUCCCAAAGUUUUCAGCAGAAACCACCCAGGCCAAGGAGGAUGACACCCUCACGUCCUCAGAGGAAGCCACGCAGCCCAAGGAGCAGGACAACCCCAGGUCCUUAGGAGGAACCGUCCGGCCCGUAGUGAGAGACAUCCUGAAGCCAGCGGAAGAAAGCGUGGAGCUCCUGGAGGCGGACCUGGUACAAGUGAUCUUGAGCAGGGAGGACUUUGAGUUGGCGCUGAAGGAAGCCGGGGAGAGGCUGGUGGCCGUGGACUUCUCUGCCGCGUGGUGUGGGUCUUGCAGGGCCAUCAAGCCCUUUUUCCAUUCCCUGUCUGCAAAGCAUGAGGACGUGGUGUUCCUGGAAGUGGACGCCGGCGAGUGCGAGGAGCUGGUGAGAGAUUGCAAGGUCAUUUGCAUCCCAACCUUUCAGUUUUAUAAAAGAGAAGAAAAGGUGGGUGAAUUCCAUGGCGCCCUUAAGGAAAAACUGGAAACCAUCAUCACAGAAUUAAAGUGAUCGUGUGUUCCGAAAGCACUGCACACAGCCAGCUGUUUAUCAGCUUGUGAUUUCUUAUUACAAGAUGAGGUGUGACUACAGUGCGGGUCCAGACGCCACCUGCUUGAACGUUAGAAACAUUAGCGCUGCCCUUCCCCAAGAGCAGUCAGAGCACUAACUCCCAUCGUGACUGUGGAACAGCGUGACAUUAGAAUUUCCUUUGGUGGAGGUUGGCACUCCAAUGGCCCCCUUUUUUUAUUUUGGGGGGGUAAUUAGGUUUUUUAAAUAUUUUUUUUAAAUGGAAGUGUUGGGAAUUGAACCCAGGACAUUGUGCACGAUAGGCAUGCACUCUACCACUGAGCUAUGCCCUCCCCCCACCAUUUUUAAUCUUGAUAUUUUAUCACUCUGUCUUGAAAAUUCUGCCCGUGUAGUUAGUGAACAUGGGAAAUUUAGACAAUUCUUCUGUAGAAGUACAGGAGUUAACGAGGAAUGGAAAUUUCUCUCCUGAUGCUCACCAAUCUCUGGGAUUUCUGAUAAAAUACGCAGGGAAGUAAGGAAUCUGAAAGAUGCACAUAUCCUAUCUGACUCCUUCGUGUGUGGGAAGUGCUGUGGAGGCCCCGGGAAAUUCCAUGGGUUCCGCACAUCUGUCUGGGAUUCGUGGGUGUCGGAGCUGAGACCAAGGCCAGGUUUCUGGAUGUCACGUCCAGGCCUCUUUCUACCAAUCUAUGCUAAGAAACCUGAGGCAGCUCAAAACAUCUGGUUUUCUCUGACCAAGGGCUUUGUCAUUCAAGGUUAAGGCGGUGUGAUCCUUGCCGCGAUUAUGACAUCGGCAGCCUAGUAGCACAGUUCCUGCUUUGUUCCCCUGGUAACUGCGCUUCUGCUCCCAGAUGCCUCGGAGUCCAAAGGCCCAGUUCUGGACCAAAGAUGGUGGCUUGGUCAGAGUUUUUGUGGAUGAUACACACACAUAACUGCACAGACUUAAUGGAUACAAUUUGAUGAGUUUGCACAUAGGCAUACACCUACUUACCACAAUCAAGGCAAUAAACAUACCCAUCACCUCCAGAAGUUUCCCUGUGUGUCCCUUUCCUCUGUGUGUGUGUGUGUGUGUGUGUGUGUGUGUGUGUGUGUGUGUGUGUUAAGAACACUUUAGAUGAGAUCUGCCCUCUUAAUCUUCACGUGCACGGCACCACGUCGUCAUCCACAGGCACUGUGUCACACAGCAGACCUCUAGAACUUCCUCACUUCGUGUAGCUAAGUUCAGACCCGUUGAACAACUACCCCCCCAUUUCCUGUUAGCCGCCAUUUUAUCUUCUGCUGGUCCAGAAUGUUUUAAAGAAUUUGAACUAUUUGUCAACAUUUCAAAAACCAGGAUUCCCUUUAAAAUCUUGAAUUCUAGCUUUUAUGGAAAAAUUGUAAAACUCUAGCAAUCCAGGCGUACAUGACCUCAAGAAGUCACUCUACCCUUAGGGCCGAGGGGCCACGCCCUCCAUUACACAGGGCAUGGAUUCUCCACCCCGAUGAGGAACCUGGUCGGCUUCUUCAUUUACCUGGUUGACGCACUCUAAUUUCAGCUUAAAGUAUUUCUUCUGAUGCUGAACCAUCCAGGUAAGAUUGAUGAGUGAUUCAACCACACAUAAUCUGGGCUGUACUUUAUAUCUAACUGUAGACACUUCAAAGACCAUUUGUUCACAUUAAAAUCCAUGGCUUACAUCUGCACUGUGACUUAAUUCACAUUCUUUCGCUUUACAGUUCUUCAAAAUUCAUGAUUCUAUUGAUCUUUGGCCAGAUUAAAAAUAGGAAUGAUUAUAUACUGGUUGCUAUGGGCUCAGCUUACUUGUCUGAGCAUCACUGUCCCCGGGCGAGGGCAAAGGGCACGGAGCAGCUGGGCGGGUCAGCCUGCACGCUGGCCCUGGUCCCUGGCCGUGGGAUGCAGUGCAGUGCAACCCCGGGAGGGGAACCCGGCCAGAGAAGGGAUCAGUGUUGCAGUUCUGAAGCCGGGGCCCAGAUGUCCGUGUCGCUUGCUCCUAUUGCCAGUCAGCUCCAGCGCUGGGUUUCAGUCAUUUAAAGGGAGCUAGGAAGCAAUGAAGAGCAUCUGGAAAAAAAUGGGCCAUGUGUGAGUGUUUUCAAGGGUUCCAGUGUCUUUUUUAUCACAUCUGCAGGGAAGGAAAACCUUCUGAGCCAGUGAGGCUAGGAUAAAUUAAAUUUCUCAGAGCCCUUUAAUUCCAAAGAAAAUCCUCCUUCUGAAAAAGCAGCUCAGUAAGUCUUUUUCCUGAGUCUUCUUCCAGCCUUGAUUUUAUGUGGUGAAGCGUCCAUUUGCCUUCUCUUGGAAUCUUGAUUUCUUACCGAAGUCUGACGAAUCUCCAGUAAGCACCCUCUGCAUACCUGCACUUCCGUCAGCAUCGCAUCCCUGUGAUGUUUCCUGACCUCGUGCCUGUUUCCGUAGGUUGCCACCCUCCACCAUCCGUGUCUGUCAGGGUGCUUCGGGUGCAAUGACUGUGUUCAUGGACAUUUUCCCCCAGAGCCCCCAUUAUUCCAUCAGAUGAAUCGUCUCCAGUACUUUCUUUAGAGGACCUAUCAGCAGAUUUCUAACACCACUGACCUCCUUCCGGGUCCACUCUGGGCUUCCCCGAUGCCUUGCUCGCUGCAGCACUCUAAUAGCACAGGCAGGAAGCAGCACAACCAGGGGAAUCAGAUGCUUAUACAAUCUAGUGGAGGAGGUUACAGAGGAGCAGACUCCAGACUCAGCUCUCCAGGAAUGACUCCCAGGGCAGGACUGAGCUUCCCCACAGGGCAGCCGCCACCUCUGACGCUGCACCUCCUGCCUCUGACCCAGGGGCCCGCACUGAAGCAGGAGCCGAUACUUCUGCUGACCCUGCAAAAACAUACUGCCUCUGGAUCCCAGGGAACUGGUGGAAGGGCGCCGGAGUGCUGCUGCAGAAAGCUUCCAGGCUCCCUGCUGCCUUGGCAGAAAACAGAUGGAGGGGCAGAAAGCCGGCCCUGUGUCACUGCUCGCUUUCAGUAUCACUUGAGUGUAACUCACAGAUUGAAUUUAUUUCAAGAACAGAAUCCUAGCUGCAAAGGGGCUAUUUCACAUCUGUCUCUCCUGCUUGAGUGUAAGCCUGUAAGGGCAGAGACCACAUCUAUUAUUAGCUCAUCGCCAUAUCACCUACCACACGCCGGGCACGGCAGUAGCAACAUUUAACGUUGAUAAGGUAACAGUGCUGGAACCAGGCACUACUCUAAGCUCUUCCUAUGCAUUCACUCAUUUAAUUCUUAUAACACACCUGGGAUGUAGGUUUUGUUACUCCAGUUUACAAGAACAGGCACAGAGAGGUGAAGUAAGUUGCUAUGACCACACAGCAGAAAAUAGUACGUGAACCCAGCAGUUCAGAUCCAAAGCCUGUACCCCAUACAAUUUACUGCCUCGAUAUGUGUUGAAAAUAUGCUCAUUUAAAUGUUUGCUGAAUUGGGUUACACAGAAAAUUGAUCAUAAACAAAUUCAUAAUUACAGAGUAAUUCUACUUCUAGAGCAAAGGUUAACAUGUUUAACUAUGGAGAAGAUGGUCAUACUUUACUACCGUUUGUACCAGGAAUUCGUGGGUUUAAAAAAUUAUUAUUCUUUCCAAACCCAUAAGAGAUAAUAUGUGCAAAGGUGAAUGUUAUUAAUGAUUCAAGCAGGUUGAAGUAAUGUUCAAGGACUUUGUACCUCGUAGACUUAUGAAAACUUCGGAGUUAGAGAAAUAUGCUUGAGUAUAUAUUUUUUUGCUAAUACUUUAAGGGAUCUUUAUGUAGCUGCAUUAAUCAAUGUAAAAAGAGCAAUGAACAUUAGGCUCUGUGUUUCUCCAUUAAAAUU